GCUAUCUCACCCCCUAAAUUGUAUUAAGAAAAUAUAUAUUCAAUAUUUGCUUAGGUCUGUCAACAAUUCUAAGAGUUUCCUUGGAACGUCAUUGCAUGAGAUCACUCUCUCGUAAACUAUGGCAAAGGCACUUCAAGUUUUGAGAUCAACUGGCCUUCUGACAAAACAUUUUGUUAGGCUGAGUUUUAAUUUGGAUAGAAAGAGUUAUGGGUAUAGAAACUUAUCGACGUCUUUGUGCAUUCAAUCUGGACACGGACCUCGCUUUCCUUCAGCAGGCUUGGAUGGCAAAAAUAAAUGGCUGAAUCUUAAGUUGGACGGAGAACAGUCCAAGAAGUACCCUUAUGUUUGGCUUAGAGAUAACUGCAGAUGCAGAGAGUGCUACCAUGAGUUAUCAUCGCAGAGGCUUUUGCAGUUCAGCGACUUAGAUAUUGAUGUUGAAGCAAACAACAUACAUUUUACUGACGACGGCACUGCUGUUAUCGAUUGGUCUGAUGGACAUAAAGGAAUAUACCCAUUAUCAUUUCUUGAAGGAGAAAAAUUCCCCGCUUUCUCGGAUCCUUUACGUCAGUUAAAUAAGGAGUUGUGGGGGAGUGAGUUACAGGGAGCAAUACCUACUUUUCAGUUUUCUGAUGUAAUGACGAAUGAUGACGCGUUGUUGGGAUGGUUGACUGUGUUGCACACUAAGGGGGUCGCAAUUUUACAAAAUGCAGAUACUGCGCCGACCGAAGUUAAAAAGAUCGGCGAUCGAGUGGCGUACUUGAGAAAAACUUACUAUGGAGAAACACUUCAAGUGAUGAGCAAGCAUGAUCCCAACAACAUCGCCUUCACAGACACAGCUAUAGACUUCCACACCGAUAUCUGUGCUAUGAAAAGUCAGCCUGGUUUGCUGAUGCUUCAUUGCAUUAAGCAGUCAACGGAAGGUGGCGACAAUCAUCUUGUUGAUACAUUCAAAGUCAUAGAAGACUUGAAGAAAGAGGAACCAGAGGUGCACAGCAUUCUGAGUAGUACUCUCUUUGAAUUUACGGACAUCGGUACAGACUUCAACGAUUUUCACUUUAGAGUCUCCAAGCCAGCUAUUAGCUAUGGACACGAAGGGAACAUUAACCAAGUGAAUAUUCAUUUUGGACGUCAUCACAGUAUGAAUGUACCUCCUGAACAAGUUUAUCCAGUGUACAGCGCCCUCAAGGUUUUCUUUCGCUACCUUUAUAGCGAGGAAAACCUUGUGAAACUUCGACUCUCUCCAGGAGAGAUUCUCUGCAUGGACAACAGACGAUUGGCUCACGCGCGCACGAAGUAUUCUAUUGAUCCAACCAUUGAAGGUGUACAACGCCAUCUCGAGGGAGGAUACAUGGACUGGGAUGAACUGAGCUCGUUCUAUCGUGUUUUGCUUGAAAGGAAGAAGAAAAAAGAGAAUUCUAAUUAAACUGUAUUAUUCAGUUUUCCACGUUCAUAGUUAAUUUGCAUGAUGUUUUUCAACAGUCUUGUUUGUAAAAUCCAUGUACCGUAAUUUAAAUUAGAUAUGUUCGUCAAAUAUUCCGAAAGUUAAGGCUAUAUCAUCUUAAUGCGUUACAUAUGUGUUUUGUUUGUAAAGAAUAAUAUAAUCGAAAGUUCAAAUUUAGGAAGAAUUCAAUUAGUUGCCAUCUUUAUGAUUACUGUAAUUGGUAUAUACUUCUUCAACAACCUUAGUCACAGGGCUAACAUAAUCGCCUGCCCAGGGAACAGUGGCCUGCCCGACGUCCCGAGGCAACCAAAUUCUGCGUCGGGCAACCAAAAAUAGGGUGCGUCCCGACGAGCAACCUCUUAAAAUCUCUGAAAAAGUACACCAAAGAUAGGCCUCGUAGCGACUAGGAAAGAACGUACGAUCGAAUACCGGACUGUCGAUAAUGUGUAUGGUUUUUUGUAGUAAACUCUGUGGGAAUUCGGUGGUGUGGAGUCAAACCACAGACGUACGACCGCCAGCUACUCAAUACAGCAAUACAUGUUUUUGUGUACAGUCGGCCGUGUGAGACAUGGUUGGUAUACGUUUCGUAAAGCGUGAUUAGUGUCCAAUAAAUUUGUUUUCAUACUUCUUUCUACUCUGAUUUUAUCAUCCAUUAUAAAAUAAUGGAAUUUCAUUUAUGACUAGUUACUAUAAUGUAACUGUAUUAUUUGAAAUAAAGAAUUAGUUAUAUU